AUUAAUUUUUUUAUAUAAAUUACAGAGCAUCGCCGGGUCGCUGGCUCUGAGCUCUGCACUACAUAGCCGAGAAAGAAGAAGACGAAUAACAUGGAGAAGGGAAAAGCGGUGAUGGGGUCGGGGCGGAGAUGGGCCGUUGAUUUCACCGAUAACUCCACUGCUCCUUCUUCUCGUGACAUUCCUGAUCCUCCUGGCUUCAUUCGCGCCUCUAUUGAUCAGGAUGAUUCGGCACUCAGCCGGCAAAAGAAGGAUGCCGAAGCUAAUUGGAAAGCUCAGAAAGCGUGGGAAGUGGCACAAGCGCCUUUUAAGAAUUUGAUGAUGAUGGGCUUCAUGAUGUGGAUGGCUGGCAGUACAGUGCAUCUCUUUAGCAUUGGCAUCACAUUUUCAGCUCUUUGGCAGCCUAUAAGUGCUUUGCAAGGGGUUGGAAAGGUUUUUGAGCCUUACAAAGACAAUAAAGUAGAUCUUCUUGGUCCCAAGCUGCUCUUCAUUGCCCUUAAUUUGGGGGGUCUAGCUCUUGGUGUUUGGAAGCUUAACACACUGGGGCUUCUUCCGACACAUGCAUCAGACUGGGUUUCAUCAUUACCCCCUGCACAGGAAAUUGAGUAUUCAGGUGGAUGCAUUCCUCUGCAGUGAGCCACUUUUUCAUCUUUAAUCACCUAACUCACAGAAGCAGAUUUGCAACCUCUUUUUGGUUGCUUGAAGUAUUUCUGUCUAAAGAACAUGCCAUUGAUUCUCCUAUAUUUUACAAACCAUAGUUUUCGUUAUGUGGGAUGAUAUAUAGGUUGAAUGCAUUUCCAUACAACUUAGCGGAUGUAUUAUCAUCCACAGUUGUCUUCAAUGUAGCAAUUUUCUGUUUUAUUUCUUUUUCUUCCUUUUUCCAUUUGGACUAGUUCAGGAGAACAAUUUUUGUAUUGAGCUUGAUAUGCAUUAUGCAACAUGAAAUGAAUC